GACAUCUGAGGGCAUGGCCGUCCAAGAAGAAAAUGUAGCCAUUGAUGCCAUCUAUCGACCACAGGUUAAAGAUUGGCGAUCCGUUGGAUACCGACAGAGUUAUAGGAAAACUUGGUGCAAAAAUGAGGAAAAUUUUACAUUUUCUCAAACAGGGUAUGGAACUUGGUUCCUCGAAUAUCUUCUGGCACAGACAUCUGAGGGCAUGGCCGUCCAAGAAGAAAAUGUAGCCAUUGAUGCCAUCUAUCGACCACAGGUUAAAGAUUGGCGAUCCGUUGGAUACCGACAGAGUUAUAGGAAAACUUGGUGCAAAAAUGAGGAAAAUUUUACAUUUUCUCAAACAGGGUAUGGAACUUGGUUCCUCGAAUAUCUUCUGGCACAGACAUCUGAGGGCAUGGCCGUCCAAGAAGAAAAUGUAGCCAUUGAUGCCAUCUAUCGACCACAGGUUAAAGAUUGGCGAUCCGUUGGAUACCGACAGAGUUAUAGGCAAAACUUGGUGCAAAAAUGAGGAAAAUUUUACAUUUUCUCAAACAGGGUAGGGAACUUGGUUCGUCGAAUAACUUCUGGCACAGACAUCUGAGAGCAUGGCCGUCCAAGAAGAAAAUGUAGCCAUUGGUGCCAUCUAUCGACCACAGGUUAAAGAUUGGCGAUCCGUUGGAUACCGACCGAGUUAUAGGCAAAACUUGGUGCAAAAAU